AUGCCCAAGCUCACCUACCAGGUCGAGAACGCCCCGGGCCGGAUAUACGGCAAGAACGCCAACGAGCUGGUGUUCAAGGAGCCAAGCGCAAACGCGGUCAUCUACAGCACGUCCACCGAGACGGGAUGGGUCACGAGCACGAGGAAGCACCUCUGGCGCGGGAAGGCGGGCGCCAAGGAGAAGGACGGGGCCAUCUGCAUCGCCACGAUCGACGAGCCGAGCCCGACCUCGAGCACCGCGACGCUGGCCGUGCACCCCUCGCGGACGGCCGAGACAGCACCCGACGAGGCCGAGUCUGACGAGACGGAGAAGCUCAGGCUCAAGAGCACCUGGUUCGGCAGCAACAACCGCACCGUCACGUUCAGGGGCGUCACGUACACGUGGACGGGGACGUCCAAGAUCACGGACAGGGACGGGAAGAUAGUCGCCAGGAUGGCGAAGCCGUGGUUCUACCAGGGGAAGCUCGGCGACCUGGAGGUUGACCUCGACGACGGCGGCGACGGGGGCCGCGAGGUGCUGGAGAUGGUCCUCGCGACCUAUGUCCUGCGCUGGUGGGAGGACAAGGUCAGGGCGGAGAAGGCGGCCGAGGAGGCCAAGGAGCAGAAGGCCAAGGAGAAGAAGGCGGCGGCGCAGGCGGCGGCGGCGAAGAAGCAGCAGGAUAAGAAGGAGGGGGCGGAUGACAAGGCGAAGACGGAAGGGCACGAGACUGCAUCUUGA